CCCUAAUUUGUAUUUUCUCAAAUAUUUUUUUCUACCAAAAAAAAAGAAAAUUUAAUUGAAGUCUUCUCUCUCAUAAACCCUAACAAGUAAAAGGCGGCUUCAGUCACCACCAUCUCUUUCUCUCUCUCUCUGCCGCAUCUCAAUUGAAGUUUUGUAGGUCUAAUGGCUUCGGAAGCACCACCUCAAGUUCCAGCAGAAGCUCUUCAAUCCCUUUCGGUAUCAUCGGAGGAGCCUUCUAGCUCUUCUAAUCAGAUUGAUCCUGCUUUGGAGGAGAGGUACAGAAUUGUUAGAAGUAUUGGAGAGGAAUGUAUUCAAGAGGAUGAGCUCAGGAAUUUGUUAGCAAAGAAGCCUGAGCCUAUUUGCUAUGAUGGGUUUGAGCCAUCUGGUAGAAUGCACAUUGCUCAGGGUGUGCUGAAGGCAAUAAAUGUGAACAAGCUUACCUCUGCUGGGUGCAGAGUGAAAAUCUGGAUUGCUGAUUGGUUUGCACAGCUUAACAAUAAAAUGGGGGGUGACUUGAAGAAAAUCGAGACUGUUGGCCGCUACUUAAUUGAGAUAUGGAAAGCUGUUGGUAUGGAUCUAGAAGGAGGCAAAGUGGAGUUCUUAUGGUCAUCAAAGGAGAUUAAUGCGAGAGGGGAUGUGUAUUGGCCUAUUGUAAUGGAUAUUGCUCGCAGGAAUAAACUUCCAAGGAUACUCAGGUGUAGCCAAAUUAUGGGACGAAGUGACCAAGACGAGUUGACCGCAGCCCAAAUUUUCUACCCUUGCAUGCAAUGUGCUGAUAUAUUCUUCUUGAAGGCUGACAUUUGCCAGUUAGGAAUGGAUCAGCGAAAAGUUAAUGUACUUGCAAGAGAGUACUGUGAUGACAUCAAAAGAAAGAACAAACCAAUUAUUUUGUCACACCACAUGUUGCCUGGAUUACAGCAAGGACAGGAGAAGAUGUCCAAAAGUGAUCCAUCAUCCUCCGUCUAUAUGGAAGACGACGAGGCUGAGGUGAAUUUGAAGAUAAAGAAAGCUUACUGUCCCCCAAAGAUUGUGGAAGGGAAUCCAUGUCUAGAGUACAUUAAAUAUCUUGUUUUGGCCUGGUUUAAUGAGUUCACUGUUGAGCGAAGUGAACAGAAUGGUGGAAAUAAAACCUACAAAAACUAUGAAGAUAUAAUUGCUGACUACGAGAGUGGGGAUCUUCAUCCAGCCGAUCUCAAACCCGCCUUAUCAAAGGCGUUGAAUAAGAUACUUCUGCCCGUUCGAGAACAUUUUAAGAACGACAGUACUGCAAAAGAACUUCUGAAAAGGGUCAAGGUAACUCUACUAAAAUUUUCCAUAAAAUUAACCACUAUUCGGUAUUUUCUACCUAUGGCUAACAAUUUUUCGCAUUGAUCAUAAUUUUGUUUCUGUAGGCUUACAGAGUAACAAAGUGAUAAUGAUCAAUGGAGCUUUAAAGAUUUUGCCUCCUUCCUUUUACUUGGAAAAAAAGACAAAAAGGUUUGAUAUUUGAGAUUGUAGUCAAUUUAAAAAGAUUUGUAGUAAUAUGCUCAGCUAUUUAUUAUUAGACUAACAAGUAUUUAUUUAGCAAGGCUAAGUAGUAAAUAUCAAGUAGACUGAGUUAGCUUUUUACUACAAAAUGUUAUUGUACUUCAUUUCAUUUUUCACUCAAAGAAUUUCACCAGUUUGAUUUUGUGUUUCAUGCACCAUGUUUAUGAAUUUUAGCACAAAUAUGUAAUAUAUAUUUACAUAUUAUUUGAAUAACAUAUAUAAUUUUCAGUUUAA